GGUGCUGGUGGAGCGCCUGCACAGAUACGGACACAGGAUGGGCUCUGAGUUCUCCCCGUCUGUCCGGGCCUGCUUGCCACUGUGCGCCUUAGUGCUGGAGACUGCGUUCGUUCUCAUCUUCUGCUUUUUCACCUCCUACAAUGAUUCUGCAAAUAAUCAGACGCUCACGCAGAACUCUCAAGUCUUCCAGGAUAUUACCAUCAUGGCGGCCCUUGGCUUGGGCUUCCUCACCUCGUCUUUUCCAAAAAAUAGCUGGAGCAGUGUGGCCUUCAACCUCUUCAUCCUGGCCAUCGGGGUGCAAUGGGCAGUCCUGCUGGAUGGCUUCCUGAACAAAUUCUCAAGUGGGAAGAUAGUCAUCGAACUGUCCAGUAUUCAACUGGCCACCAUGAGUGCCAUGUCCGUGCUGAUAUCAGUGGGCGCUGUCCUGGGGAAGACCAACUUGCUGCAGCUGAUGAUGAUGGCGCUGGUAGAGGUGACAGCCUUCAGUGUCAUGAUGAUGGUCAGUGAUCGAGUCUUCAAUGUGGACAACCACACGAGCAUGAUGCACAUCCACGUGUUUGCAGCCUAUUUUGGGCUGGCUGUGGCCUGGUGCCUCUCAAGUUCUCAGCCCAAGGAAAAGCAGAGGGAAGUUAAGACUGCAAAGGGCCCUGAUUUGUUCGCCAUGCUGGGCACUCUCUUCUUGUGGAUUUUCUGGCCAAAUUUCAACUCUGCUCUGCUGUCCAUUGAAAACAAAAGAAAAGCCGUGUUCAACACCUACUACGCCCUCGCGGUCAGUUCCGUCACAGCCACCUCGGUGUCGGCCGCGGCUCACCCCGAAGGGAAGAUCAGCAUGACUCAUAUCCACAGUGCUGUGCUGGCGGGAGGCGUGGCUGUGGGUGCCUCAUGUCACCUGAUCUCUUCUCCUUGGCCCGCCAUGCUGGUGGGCCUUCUGGCUGGGCUGAUCUCUGUUGGGGGAGCCAAGUGCCUGCCGGUGGGUUUUCACCGUAUGCUGAUGGUUCACUAUGCCUUUGGCCUGCCGGGUUUGCUUGGAGAGAUCACCUACAUUACGUUGAUGGCGCUUCAGGCCUCCCAGAACCAGGAUACCACGAACUGCUACCAGAUUUUCCUCAACAUGGGGAUACUCAGCUUCGUCAUGAUUAUGAGUCUGGCAUCUGGUUUCCUGACAGGUAGUAUUCUGAGGCUCCAAAUAUGGAAAGCACCCGGUGUGAAUAAAUAUUAUUAUGACCAAGAUUUCUGGAAGUUUCCUCAUUUGGCUGACGAAUUUUAAGCCUUAAUCACCCAAGGAAAACAAGUCCUGU